AAGUAAAGAAGGCGUCAAUCAGCGUGUAUGGAAAGAUGUUACCGGCAUUCAUCCAGGUGGAGACUCUUCACACGGGCCAAGUGUUUGGUCUUCGAGCCUGUUUGGACGCAGAAGAACGCGGACCCACUGUUAGUCUGGUUAGUGGGGACUGUGAGUUGUUACAGAUCAACAAGAGAUUCUUUAUGAAACAUUGUGAUGACACCAUUUACAGUCUCAUACGACUCAAGUCCAAGCCGUUUCCGAGCCAAGAGGAACUGCUAGACCGACUGGACGCCAACAUGCAAUGGCAGGAAUUCAAACAAAGGACUCUUGAAAAUUUUCUCAAACAGUGCAGACGUCUACAGAGAUGAUUCCCCCUGAGUUACAGACUUCAUACCUCUUCACGUUUAGC